GCACACAAGACUUUCAUGAUCAAGAAGAAGCUUGCUAAGAAGAGGAGGCAGAACAAGCCCAUUCCCAAUUGGAUUCGCAUGAAGACUGGUAACAAAAUCAGGUACAAUGCCAAGCGCAGACACUGGCGCAGAACCAAGCUUAAAUUUUGA